AUGCCAGUCUACAUGCUCCACGGAUUCCGGUGGCCACGAGCGGGCUUCACUGGGAUCCGUGUGUACGUCGUCCUCCACAACCUAGAAGAAGCCGCUGCCGAAUACCUCCAGCAGCCUCUGACCACAGAGCUGCUGACGGAGUCCCUGAAGCGCACGCAACCAGACCUCAUGCCCCGGCUACCGGCGCUGCAUUUCAUCGAGCACUACGAUCCCGCCGACGAGUCCAGCAAUACCGUUUCCCAACCCUUUGCCUACGUCGGCGCCAAGGUCGUGACUAUUCCCGACGAUGGUUCGCCUGCGGCCGCAGGGAAGGGGUUGAAUAUUGAAGACGUUGUUGAGCAGGGCCCUGGGUUGUCGGACGAUGCGACGGAGGCGUUGGAGGCGCUAAGGGACCGUCUUGCGCCUGGGGAGCAUAUUGGUUGGUUUAUGGUCUAUAAUGGGGAUCCAGACAGGUUUUAUCCCGAGUCCGAGUUCGAGGAGGAGGACUAUGAUGACGAGGAGUGCUAUGUGGCGGAGAGUGAAAAGAGCGCUACUGAGCCCGGGACACCUGGGACACCGGUGACUCCACAGAGCUAUACGACUCGAUUGACGAGGCUUUUCAAUCGCAUGAGUUCUUCAUAG